AUGCCCUUGCCUUCUCGCGCCACUUACGGUUCUGCCGUCGGCUUGGAGCUUCCCAUAGAUGUCUAUCGAGGAUUCUCCUUCACUCUCCAAAGCCAGCUAGAGAAAGCGAACGCGGAGCUCGUCCCGCGCGCACAACACCCCGGUCUGACAGAAUUGCGGAAAGAGGCUAUGCGGCGCCUCAGCACCAUCCGUUGUGCCACUCGUCUGCGCGCAGACGACGUCGACUUUUACAAGGAAUGUGCCAAAGAUUACUUCCUUUGCGUUUGGAAUGCCGCUCAGAGCGCACCGCCCGAACCAGCGCCUCCUUCCCCUUCACCGCCCUCCCCCGCACCGGCACCCUCUCCGGCUCGUGUACCUGGCAAUGCUUCGCCACAUUUCCUCGCUCAUGGACCGGCCUUCGCCUGGUGGCCUGUAUCACCUGCACCAGUCACACCAGUGAUGGGAUGGGGUUUCGUCCCUACCACUGCAUGGGCAUGGACGCCGUCGCAAGCCUGGACUCCGGUGUGA